CGCGAGCUGGGUGGUGGUGGUGGAGCGGCCAUUCUUUGUUUAUGCUUAGCCGUCGCUAGUGAUAGCGCGUGAGGUCCACACCUACGAAUCAAGGCCCCGAUUUCUUUCGCUUUCUUUUGAUUUUAUUGCCUUCCGAUUAUCGAUCGUGUCGGCGCAGCGUGCGGAGGUCACUGAUCAGCUAACUGGUUAUGCUAUAAGAGUCCGGGUUUCCUCCUCUUUGAGGGCAUGCUCACCCUUCCCGGGCAGCAACCGUAAGCAGGAGAGGGGAGAAGAACACCUCUGUGCAGUGCUUUCUUGCAGGAAAUUUCCCUGCUUUCCGCGUUUGCAGUCGUGCUCAUGCGGGUUGCUAGUUCCUCCCUUGGAGUAUAUUGUGAGGUCUAUAUAUAGGCAGUUCGUGGUGAUCAAUACCACACAUUGGCAAGAUGGGGAGUUUGCACAAGAUCACCCUUGUUCUCAUGUUCUGCUUGGUGCUGGGGAGAGCAGAGUAUCUCAAGUACAAGGAUCCGAAGCAGCCUGUCGCUGUUCGCAUCAAGGAUCUCCUUAGUCGGAUGACUCUUGCCGAAAAGAUUGGCCAGAUGACCCAAAUUGAGAGGGAAAACGCCACAGCCGACGUAUUGGCUAAAUACUUCAUAGGCAGUGUACUGAGUGGUGGAGGCAGUGUGCCUGCUCCUCAAGCAUCUGCUGAGGUUUGGGCCUCCAUGGUGAAUGGGAUGCAAAAGGGCGCUCUUUCUACCCGCCUAGGUAUUCCGAUCAUCUAUGGUAUUGAUGCUGUGCAUGGUCACAAUAACGUCUAUAAAGCUACUAUCUUCCCCCAUAACGUUGGGCUUGGAGCUACCAGGGACCCUGAGCUUGUUAAGAGAAUAGGAGAAGCAACAGCUCUUGAAGUUAGAGCUACCGGAAUUCCUUAUGUCUUUGCUCCGUGUGUUGCGGUUUGUAGAGAUCCAAGAUGGGGACGCUGCUACGAAAGCUAUAGCGAAGACCCAAAGGUUGUCCAGUCGAUGACUUCACUCAUCUCUGGUUUGCAAGGCGAGGCUCCAGCAAAUUCCUUGGGAAGACCAUAUGUUGCUGGAAGUAAGAAUGUUGCUGCGUGUGCAAAGCACUAUGUCGGUGACGGUGGAACGUAUAUGGGAAUCAACGAGAACAACACAAUCAUCAACACACAUGGACUGCUGAGCAUCCAUAUGCCUCCAUACUAUAAUUCUAUUAUCCGAGGUGUCUCCACUGUCAUGGUCUCGUACUCUAGCUGGAAUGGGGUGAAAAUGCACGCAAACCAUUUCCUAGUCACAGAUUUUCUCAAGAACAAGCUCAAGUUUAGGGGUUUUGUGAUUUCCGACUGGGAAGGCAUCGAUCGGAUUACUUCUCCUCCUCACGCUAAUUAUUCUUAUUCGAUUGAGGCCGGAAUUGGUGCUGGUAUUGACAUGAUAAUGGUUCCUUACAGAUACACAGAAUUCAUCGAUGAUCUCACAACACAAGUUCAGAACAAGGUCAUCCCCAUGAGCAGGAUUGACGACGCCGUUUACAGGAUUCUUCGAGUCAAGUUCACUAUGGGUCUAUUUGAGAACCCUUUCGCUGAUCCUAGCCUUGCCGGCGAACUGGGGAAGCAAGAACACCGGGAACUGGCACGCGAAGCGGUCAGGAAAUCCUUGGUGCUGCUGAAGAACGGAAAAUCCACAUACAGUCCACUUCUGCCUCUUCCUAAGAAGGCUGGCAAGAUCCUCGUCGCCGGCAGCCACGCCGACAACUUGGGCAACCAGUGCGGAGGAUGGACAAUCAAGUGGCAGGGAGAGAGCGGCAACAACCUCACUGUCGGCACGACGAUCCUGUCGGGGAUCAAGGCCACCGUGGAUCCCAGCACGCAGGUGGUGUACUCGGAGAACCCGGACAGGAGCGUCCUCGCCGACAAGUACGACUACGCGGUCGUGGCGGUCGGGGAGCCGCCCUACGCCGAGACGUUCGGGGACAACCUGAACCUGACGAUCCCGGCGCCCGGUCCGAGCGUGAUCCAGUCGGUGUGCAAGACCACCAAGUGCGUGGUGGUGCUCAUCUCCGGCAGGCCGCUCGUCGCGGAGCCGUACCUGGGCGACAUGGACGCGUUCGUGGCGGCGUGGCUGCCCGGCACGGAGGGCCAGGGCGUGGCGGACGUGCUGUUCGGCGACUACGGGUUCACGGGGAAGCUGUCGCGGACGUGGUUCAAGUCCGUUGAGCAGCUGCCGAUGAACGUGGGCGACGCGCACUACGACCCGCUGUUCCCGUUCGGCUUCGGGCUCACCACGGAGGCCAGGAAAUGAGGCCACGGUGGGUGAGAGGCGCGGCGUGCGCCGUGUGAGAGUUCGGAAAUGGUCGGGGUGAGUCCGGUCCGGUGAGAGGUGGUAUACCACACACGACACAUUCUUGAGGUGGUAGUUGUUAGUGUGGCUUGUUUGGAACAAUAAGAUCGUGCGCCUUUGUAUUC